AUGGUGAAGAUGCUGGUGUUGUUUGUUCAGCUGUCUUUUACUUAUACCAAAACAACACUAUCAAGUCACCUUGGAGCAACAGUGUUAAACAUCACUGUGGUGGAUUUGCAGCAGCCCAGCAUUUCCCACAGUGCUCCUGAUGGAUGGUUUGACGUGGGGCCUCAGGGGCCAGUGAUCACCAGGGGCCACAGUUUCACUAUUAUCUGUUCCACUGAAUCUCGUUAUCCUGGAGGCUUCUUCUACUUGUUUAGGGAAUCAAGUAUCACCAGCAGUCAAUCAGCUGUCAAUCACUCCGCCUCCUUCUUCUUUCCUGAGGCAGAUUAUUUGCAUGAGGGAAACUACAGUUGUGUUUAUGAAGUCAGUGUGUUGUCACGUACCUUCCGUUCAUCUGCCUCUCAAAAGCUGGUCAUCAAUAUCACAGCCUCCCUGCUUCCUGUCAUUAUUGCUGUGGUUUCAGUUGCACUGCUUUCAUUGUCUGCCCUCAUAACCAUCCUCCUGGUAAAAAGAAGACAAAGGCAAAUAAAUAAGGAAACUCGUAUGAAGUGCUCCUUUAGAAAAGGUGCAGCAAAUUCAUAUGCAGGUGCAUCCAGUGACAAGAAAAAUGAAGAUGAUGAAACUUAUUAUGAAAACCUGGAAUUUAGGGAUAAAAAUGUGGAUCAUGUGGAUCAUGAUGACUCUGAAGAGGACUGUGUCAUUGUAAACUCUGAGACUAAAAGUGUGGUAGACAAAUCUGAUGAUAACAUUUACGAAAGUUGUUGUGAUGAAUACUGAGUGAUCUUAAAAUACUACAGUUGUUGAGGCUUCAACAUCUAAACAGAGAAAAAAGCCAUAUGGCCUUGAUGGGGUCAUUGAUUGGGAUAUCGACUUUCCCUUGCUUUUUAUUUUUAUAUACAUUUUAAACAUUAAUGAAACAGAUGCUCUUUAAUAUAUUACUAUAUUAAAAGUAUCGACACAGAGUGCAUUAGACAUCAAUUUAAAAUGCUCAUUUAGUAAACACACUGAACUCAAAUAUGCGGUAAAUUCACAAAUUCUAUUCUUUUUUUUAAUUAUGCCUUCAGUUUUAACAUAUAAGAAGAUAUCUGUCUAGAAUAUAGAAAAAACAAUAAUAAUGUAAAUUCUUUCAAAUAUAAAUAACAAUAUGAAUGAAAAAUUAAAGCAUAAACACAGAAAUUUAAUGACACACAUCUUCAUUAACAACUACGGCUAAAAAACUACAUUAGGGCACUAAAUAUAGUUUGAUUUUCUAAUAACUACAUUCAGAUAAAUAAAGUAAUUUAAUUAUUAACGUUAUAGUUUUAUAUGUGCAGAAACAGUGAUUAUAAAAUCUUUCUUUUAACAUAAAGAGUACCACAAAGCAAAAUUUGAAUGUUUCCAGUGUCUAUAUUUGAAUUCUAACAUUUAUGGUGUUCUUAACUGGUGAGAGUUGUGUGUGUGCAAAAUAAAGUGCUUUGCUGAUAACUAAGCAAAUACUUACUACGAUAAUAAUUUCUCUUUAGAAAGGACAUCAAAAGUGGGGGGGAAAAGCCAAAAACCUACAUUUACACACAAACUGCCUAAACUGGGCAUCUUCUUUUGUUUCUAUCACGGAAUCACUGAGAUAAAGUUGGCUUGAUGUUAGAUGUUCUACAUGUCAGAGAACUUCAAACUUCAAACUUUCAACAGUUUCAAACUUCGAAAGAUUUCAGUAGAUCAAUAAUGUUUUAGCAUAACAAAAAAAGGCUUUGUUUUAAAAUGUGGAAGUGAACACAUAAUGUAGUUAAUGUGUUUAAUCUGCCUUGAUGUAUCUCAACAAGAGGAUAAAUGCACAAUUGCUCCAGCAAAAUGCUUUACUCAUGAAAAAAGCCAUCAAAAUAUGCACACAUUGCCUUGAAACAUAGACAUACAUACUUGCAUCCACAACUCUAAACUGGAAAAAAUCACAGUAAAUGUUAGAUAUUGGAAAUAAUAAAUGUAGUGCUAAAAAUAAAGAUAACAAAAUUAACAACUUAUGCUUUUUGUUAAAAAAAAAAAAAAAACUAACUGUAUACUAUUUAAAAUAUGCCACUUCUUCUCUUAGUAUUUCAUUAAAAAUAUUCACAAAUGUAACCUUUACACGUUUACACUUUACCCUACACACGUUUCACUCAACACAGUCAUCAUCACACUAAUUUCUGACAAAAAAAAAAAAUCCUCUUGUACAAAAUUAUAUCCUUUCGUUUUGCAUCCUAGGCACUGUCUGUGUGAGUGCUGUACAUGAGCGCAGUGGAUUUCUCUCUGUUCUGAAAGUUCUGUUGUUGUAAGCAGUCUGCUGGCCGCAUGCACUCCUGGACAGAGGCCAUUAUCCUGUGCACACCAUGAACAUGUUUGUAGUGCCAACCAAUGCACUUAUCAAAUAUUUUAAAUAUGAACCAAAUUCUAGUUCAAAUUCUACAGAUGCUUUGCAUGGAUUCUGCCUACAUAAUUUUAUUAAAAUAUCUAAAUAAAUUAUUCUCUGAUAAGGAAACUGUGGUAAAGGUAAACUUUUUUCUAUUCUUAAAAAUGUCAGAUAUCUAUCAAACUAUUUUGAGUUAUAUGAUAUUAUAUCUGAAGGGGUCAAUGUUUACUCGUACCCUAGAACUGAACUGAGCUUGACAAUGAUGUCACCAUCUUCUUCAGAGCUGCUGUAGAAAUGAAAUUAACUAAAUUAAUAACUGAUGUUUUUU